GGUGGCGACCUGGUAUGAGAGGUCGCGAUGGAAGAUUUCAGUUCCCUGGUGAGGCUCUAGGUGAGAGCGCACCUUGUGUGUGCAUGUGAGUCCAAUCAGCAAUAUCGUUGCGAUUAGUUUAAUUUUUCUCGGGGGAUAACUGAAAUGCACAAUUCUGUUCGAAGGUCAUCGUCAUCGAAUUCCAAUAGGCCAAUUGGUAGGUAAUCAUCACGCACUAGCAUAGCAACGAAACCAAACAGGAGAGGACAGAUCAGUUGAGGUUCUUUUUUGUUGUUGAAAAAAUAGCCCGAAACUCAUGGAAUGUCGGCACGAUGCUGUCCAGUCAUGCGUCGAUCGAUUUUGUUGAUCAUUUCCUAUGAAAUCAUUAUUGGCUGCCGUGAAAUUUGUUUGAGAUCAUUAUUAUGGCAUUAUUUGUAUGCGCUGUUACAAAAUACCGAUGCACGUGAUUGUUAUAAUUGCUCGUUCUAAGUAAUGGAGGCGCAUGGUAGCUCACGAGUUCGAAUGGAGGCGCAUGGUUUAGGUCGUUUUUUUCCUUUUCAAUCAAGAGUGGCGGCGCCCGGAGUAUUGUUUCUCCAAUGCCCCAAUUUCCUCAGGGAUAGUCCCUUGGCUGGUUAAAAUUGUUAGCAUUUAUAUGAAUAUCUAAUUAAUUUUGGUGCUCAAACCUUGUUUUAACUACAGCAAACUAAUCAUCAAACUAACGUUCUGUUAUCGAGAGCUAAAUAAUACUCCCGGUAGGGAACACUCCACCGUACACACCAACACUCUCACCGCUCCCCUAGGUACUCUGUUACAAAAGUUUAAAUCAGGUUAAUUUCUGCGAACUACUGUGCACCUCAAAUCAAAACCAAUCAUAUCAUACACACUGUUUACGGCAUCCCAUUGAAUUACUCGCUCGAACACAAUUGAAAGCAUCACGGUGCGCAGAAAGAUUGAUCGUUCGAUCGUAGCGAUCCAUUGGCUAGCCGGUGGCUGGUCCGGUGGCUCGGCAGUUACCAUGCUUGGGGAAUCGCGGGGAAAAUUUUCAGCAGCCCGCGCCCACUACUCGUUUCGUUCAUAAUUUACAUGCGUUACGCAAACCUUCGGAGCGCCGCUUGAUGCAUGAUUUAUGUGGGUAGCACCGGGGAACAGGCGGGAUUUUCGUAAAAUCAUCCUGUUAAAUGCACAAAUCAAAAAUGCCCCAGCUAUCCAUGGUGCUUCCUUCUGCCUCUGGAACGCGAACACCAACCGAACGAACCCCAAAUGGAGGCUAACGAAGCGAAAUAUGCAAAGCAACGAUGAUGUGGCCAUUGGUAAAACCCAUUUCCAAUUUUGCAUCCACCGUCAAACGCGGUACGCGGUACGUUUACUCGAACGGAAAAAAAAUACAGGACGCGUUCUGGUUCGCGAAACGAAACGAAACGAAAAUCAUUUACAAUCAAGGCAGGCGAUCCGUGGCGUGCAACAGCGGGGAAAAAAGAAGAAAAAUAAACCAAAAGCCGGGAUUUACAGAACGACAUCAAAGCGAGGGCCCCCGGUGAAAAGUGUUAACCCUGUAACUGUUAAGCGUAAGAGCUGUGUAUAUUGUAGCGAGUAGAUAACAUAAAAAUUACUCCAAUUGAUUGGUGCAAAAGUUGGAUCUUGCAUGCUCUCGUGGCGAUACGCGCUGCCCUUACGGUGCAUAGCGGUCAUCUCAUCUCAUGCUCUUAUCCCCAUCCUAGCUGAAUGGAUGCCGUAGCCGUUGAAAAGUGAGAUAAAAAUUGGCCAAGCGUCAAAGCUAUGGUUGCGACUGCCGCAGCAUAUGCCAAGCGGACAUGCCUGGUACCUGGUACUAGUAUGUGUAAAUAUGUGCUGGACCGGUACGAUACGGACCGACCAUGUACGGACGAAAUUCAAAACUCCCCAAGGGUUGCUACGUCCUGUCAGCAAAAGCGUCGAAUGUCGGUCGGCAAUCGGUCAAGCAAAAUGGAAACGAUCGUUAGUUUUAAAAUCACGGGGAGAGAGAAAAAAAAAACCUUCCAUCGAACGAACUACGAAGCCGUGUGUGUAAAAAGGACAGAACGACAAACAUGAUGACAAAAAGGAGACGCGAAAACAUAGCCCCUUUCGUAUUGAACAUACGUUAGAACGAACGUUGCAUGUUACUUCGAAACUUAACUUAACGAACACAGCACACCAGACCACCGUACAGGGGACACCAGCCCCCCCGGCGGGGAGGAGGGCACGGCAUGGUGCAAAGCUGCGGGGAAAUGUAAGACUUUUUAAGCAAAAACAUGUGACACUUGUGAAUAGCGUUGGUAGAGAGAGAAAAAAAACAGGAUCGAAGUAGAUCGCCGAGCCGAUACGGAACGAAGAGGAGCGUACCAUGGCCACUGGAAUCAAUGAUGUUUUACGAUAUUUAAAGUAAACUAGCUAAAUGAUACACCUAUCGCCGGGGCAGGAUAAAGGCUGGGAGGAGAAAAGGUGCUUAGUGAGUUGUACAAUAUACGAUGUAAGUGUGAUGCGUUACGUAAAAUGGAAAAGAGCAGCCCAAACCCCA